AUGUUUCAUCCUACACAAACAAUUGGCAUUAGCAGAAUAUUACAAUCAAAACUGUUUUUCAACCAACUUGAAGCUUAGAAUCAAAAUGUGCAAAAAUUAAUCAUUUUAUUAGUUCAGUAAUAAAAAUACUUUUAGGCGUGAGUCACCACGUAAAAAUCGACUAAAAUUAUUCACAAGUCACACCUAACUCUAGAGAUUAGAAAAAAAAAUGCCUCGUGGUGGCGCGAAAUUGAAAAAUGAAAUAGACAAACUUAUGCACAGUUAGUACCGGUUGUUAGGUACAAUAUUUUUUAAUUGUUUUACAUCAUUUGUUUUAAUUAUUGGUUUGCUUUAUAUUAUUAACUAAUGGACGUCAUUAGGAAACAGGAUGCCGCAAUUAAGGAUAUAAUAACUUCAAUGAAAAAUGGAGAGCCAGUAAAAUUAAUGAAACUGCUGGAAAUAUUUAAUACUAAUGCAGAAACCGAUGUGCAAGUUAAAUUAUUCUCAAUUUUAUCUGGCUACCUAAUGUUAAAUGAUAAUAGUAUAGAGACUAUUGCAACAUGUAGUCCAUUAUAUGACAAACUGUAUAAAAUCCUAGUAAAUUGCCCUCCUAGGAAAGCUACAGUUGCGUUUAAUUUUCUUUCGGCCCUUUUAUACGAGGACUUGGCAGAUAACCAAAAACGAAACAGUAUAGUGGUAUAUGCAAGAAAUUUAAUAAGAAGUAGUGGUUGUUUGGCAGCUAUUUGUGAUCUAUUUACUAGCUGUAUGAUGGAUCAGGAAGCGUGGCGUGCUCUUUGUCGAUGUCUCGCUGAAUCGUGCCGUGGCACUGAAGCCAAUCAAAGUUAUUGCACGCAUCUCGUUCCAAUAUGUAUUCAAAGAUGCAACCAUAGAAAUAUCGAGUUGCUCAUGGUUUUGCAAAGUUUGCUACAAAAUCAUAGUCGUAAUAUAGCGCUGUUUGUGGAAUGUAACGGCAUGGCACUGUUUCAAAGGGAGUUCUUGCAACAUGAUAUCUGCCUACAACUGCUAGCUACCAUAGUACAGAGCUCAACUGUGGCUGCCAAACUUAUCGUUAACACAGAUAUUGGUCAACAACUUCGAAGUUUUCUGCAACGGUAUGGACCACCCUCACAGUUGGGCCAAUGGUCCACCAUCAUUUUGUAUCAUAUAUCCAGAGUUGAAGAAAAUUUCUCGUGCAAUGUGGCCAAAAGAAACGUACAUGACACCACUUGUCUUAUACAACCUAUACCGUAAAUUAAUUUUGAAAUAAAGGUCUUUCUUAUCUUAUGAUUUCAAUGCUUUUUAUUUGAA